AUGGCUGACGCCGACGAAAAGGCCCGCCAGGAGAAGAUCGCCGCGGCCAAGAAGCGCGUCGAGCAACUGAAGAAGAGCAAGAAGAAGGGCAGCGCAUCCAAGAAGACCAAGCAAGAGGCUGCUGAGACCCCAGCAACUGAGCCAGAGGGCUCCGCCGAUGCUCCCCCUCCAACCGACGAGAAGCCCACCGAGGAAGCGCCCACAGAGAAAACCGAAGACAAGCCUAAGGAGACACCCAAGGACGAUGCUGAAGCGCCAGAGAACGACGAUGAAGAUGAACCCUCUUCAGCUGCUCCAUCCUUGGCCCAGCAGUCGAAGCUGAGGUCUACAUCAUUCCGCGCGGGAUCCAUCCCCCCUGGUGGUGCCAUAUCUCCCGGCCCUUUCAGCCCCGAUGGUGACACUGCGCCAGAUAUUUACAGAAAACAUGUGGCCAGAAUCGAGGAGCUCGAGAAAGAGAAUAAGCGCCUGGCCAAGGAAGCCGCCGAGUCGGAAAAGAGGUGGCAAAAGGCUGAAGAUGAGCUGGCAGACAUCCGGGAGGACGACGGCGAUGACCAUGUCAAGACGGGUGGCCCCGAAGACGGACUCUGCGACAGUCUGAGGACCCAGCUUGCCGCUUUGCAGCGUCAGAACUCGCAGCUUCAGCAACAAGUAUCGCGGGGCUCUGGCCACGCGCAUCGGCCAUCCAUGUCCCUGUCUACGCCUCCUGCUGACCUGAAGGCUGAGCUUGACGCAAAGUCGGCCACCAUCGAGUCGAUGGAGAUUGAGAUCUCAAAGCUCAGGGCGCAAGCUGAGCGACAUGCCAGUGGCUCAUCUUCUGAGAAGGAGCAGAUUACCGCCUUGGAGGAUAAAGUAGCACGGGCAGAGGCUGCGGCGGGCAAGGCACAGCGUGAGCUUCAGGACUUGAAGCGCAACCUCGAGCGAACGACAGAGAAGGCCGUUCGAGAAGGCAGCGAACGAACUAGCGCUGAGACCAAGCUCAAGACUCUGGAGCAUGAACUCGAGGAAUCCAACAAUGCUCGCGAUGAGCUCGAGAAGAAGGUCGAGGCUUUGGAGAAGAAAGCUACGACUCUCACGACAUUGCACAAGGAGCAAGAUUCACGAUUACAAGCACUGAAGAAGGAGAAGGAGAAGGCGGAACGAGACGCGACUGACUUGCGGUCGAAGCUCGAGAAGCUUGAGAGUGAGAAUACGAAACUUCGAAGCCGCAGAUCUCUCGAAGGAGGUGGUGGGCUGGAUGACGAGGGCGUUGAUGAGCUUGAGGACGAAGAACGCCAGAAGCUUGAGAGAAAGAUCCGGGCUCUUGAGAGCGAGGUUCAUGAGCUUCGUAGUGGGGCCUGGAUUGGCAAGCGACGUGAGCUGGAGGCGACAAGCCCAGGUUUCCACGAUGUCGACCUUUCGCCAGGACAUGCGAUCUCGCCAACUCAGCGGAGAAAGUCUGGGCCGGGUGGCAUUGGCGAAUUCCUGACAAGCGGACUCAAUGCCCUGGCAGGUGGUAACGAUGAUGAAUUCCUUGAUGAUGAUGACAUGGACUUUGACGAGGAGGCGUUCCGAAAGGCCCAGGAGGAGGAGUCGAAGAAGCGGAUCGAGCGGAUCAAGGAGAUUAAGCGAUCGCUAAAGCACUGGGAGGGGUGGAGGCUGGAUAUUGUCGAGAACCGAAGAGGCGGGAAUGAGGGCGUCGGCGAGAUUUUUGAUGUGUAA